AUGAAAUUACCAAGUAUUAAUAAACCAACAUCAGCAUAAUCAGCAAAUCGAUAAUUACCACCAAGGUAGAGUAAUAAUGCAAUAAGCAAUUUAGAAAAGAAUUUAUUUAAUAAACUUAAUGAAUAUGAUGAUUUAAAUAAGAUUGAUAAUAAAAAGGUAUAGGUAUCAGAGGUGAAAUCUAAUAAGAAAAUAGAGAAUUAUAAUGAUGAAAUGGAAUUAUUUGGUAAAAGAUCAAAUACAUUUAAAAAUUAUAGUUAAACAGAAAAGAUCAAAGAUUCAAAAUAAACAUAAUAAAAACAAUAAUAACAAUAAUAAGACACUGUGUUUCUGACUCAUAAUUAAUAAGCUAAAUCAGAGGAAUCUAAUAAUGAUUAAAAUGAUAGUAACUCUGAUAGUAGUAUUGAGGAUUUAUUAUAGAGAAGUAAAACAUUGGAUAAAUAAAAGAAAGUUAUGUUAAAUUAUGAAGAUGAUAGUGAGGUUGGAUAAUUAAAUAAGAUGUUAUUUUAAAGUAAAAUUUAAAAAAUUUAAAAUUGAUAGCUGAUAUUGAUUUAGACGAAUAGUUUUAAAGUAUGUGUAUAUUGAAAAGAACUAUAUCAUAGAUGUAACAAUCAAUGAAAUCUUUGGGAUAUGGAAUUAAUGAAUAGUUGAUGGAUGAUUUAAAUUUAAAAUAUGAAGAAAUGAUUAAGCUGCAAAGGGAAUCCUAAGUAGCUUAGUGAAAUUAAUUAGGCAAUUGAAGAAUAUUAAAUGAAAGAGAGCAAUUAAAAAAAUAAAAUGCCUGCAUUACGUUCAAACAGUGUAAAUUAAUAAAAAAAUAAGAAAAAAUGA